CGUUAUUAUUAUUGAGAUUGGGUAGCUCUAUUUAAUAGCUCCUCCACGGGUGUCACAUACUAUUGCCGCCACCAAAAUGGGUCCCAAAAAGAAGGCUGGCGCCCGUGGAGAACCGAAGCCGGGCACGAAGCAGGCAAAAGCCGCCGCCGAAAAGGCAGCGGAGAGUGCGAAGACUCAGAAUGCAGGCGAAGAAGCAAAGAAACCGACGGUGAAGCAGAUGAUCGGUGGGGCGUCUUGGACGGGGAAGCUCCCUGUAAAUAUGCUGUCUGAGCACUGUCAAAAGCAGAAAUGGGAGAAGCCAGAAUACACAAUGAACAAAACCCAGGAUGGGUUUGUCUCCGCUGUAAUCUUGAAAAAGGUCGAUCCUAAAACGAAGGAGCUCACCACACUACCUCCCAUGAAGCUACCCCCCUCUCACAAGCAUCUGGCACCUCAAACAACUGCACUCGAAGCUCGCCAUUUCGCCGCCGCAUAUGCCCUGUUCCGAGUGUGCAACAUGCGCAACUUACAUAUGAUGAUGCCUCCGGCAUACAAAAAACUUUGGAAAGAAGAUUUUAUGGAUAUAAAAAAUGCAGAUGUCAAAGAAGGAAAGGGUUGGAUGUAUGAGGCAGACCCAUUCUUGGCGAAGCAGGAACGAGAAGCGGCUGCUGCCGAGUUCGAGAAGAAAAAGCAAGAGCGAGAAAAAGCGAAAGUGAACGCGAACGAUAACCUAGUCGACCUGGGGCUUGGUGGCAAUGGUAGCACUCAAAAAGGAGGAAAGAUUUGGUCGCAAGCGCCUAAAGUUGAAAUGGGAAGUAGGAUACGCCAACGGAUCGAGGAGUUGCUCAGACAGCAUACACAUUGGAACCCUUACGGAGUGCAGAUACCUCCUGUCCAACGAAAAGCCAUUAUCGAGGAGUUCACCCGGCUAGGCUUCCGCCACAGCCAUGUUGAAGAAGCAGUAGCGGAGUGCAAGGAUCGAGAGGAGGUUCUAGAGUGGCUGUUAAUAUACGUCCCCGAAGACGACCUUCCACGCUGGAGUCUUCCAGAGCAAUAUUCAGCUGGUAUCAGCCUCGCUAGCAGUGAUCUGGCCCGUGAGUCCAAGAUCAAAAGGCUUGCUGCGACCGGAUAUCCCACCGAGCUUUGCAGCGAAGCCCUGGACCUUAAAGGUGGCAAUGAACAAGUAGCAGCAGAGUACAUGCAGAGCAUGCUUGUUCAUGGGAAAGAGAUACAACAACAUGGUGACUCGACUGAGGAUGAUCAAUCCUGGUUAGAAGAACAGUCUACCUUGGAGGCCAUUUUCGGUGACGACUAUAAGCGGUUGUCGAAUGUAGCCUGUGAGAUCAAGAGAAACGUGCCGGGCUUACCGGAUACAGUAACAUUUAAGUUCCAGAAGCCAUCUAAGGGCUAUCCUUUCUCGCCUCCAAUCGUGUCGAUCUCAGCCAAAGGCAUCCCAGCAUACAUUCGUCUAAGCGCCAUCCGUCAAGUCGUGAAGCACACCGAGGAUGAACUUUUGGGACAGCCUAUGAUGUUUAACAUGAUAGAUUGGUUGGAAGUCAACCUACCUUCUAUUUUAGAAAACCCAGGGAAACUACGGGAUAUAUCAGCUGUUGCGUCUUCUUCUUCACCUACGAAAGCCGUCACGCAGUUUCCACUACGACAAGCAAACAAGCAGUCGAAGGGCAUUGACUGGAGUCCCAGCUCACCGCAGAGCCUCUCCGUUCGAGAUUCUUGGCAGAAGAAACAACAAAAUCCAGCUCAUCAGGAGAUGACCCGCAAGAGACAAUCGCUGCCGGCAUGGAAUAUGCAGGAGGCCAUCGUUAAAGCCGUCAAUACCCACCAGGUGACGAUUAUAUCAGGUGAGACAGGAAGUGGAAAGAGCACUCAGUCCGUGCAGUUUGUGUUGGACGACAUGAUCAAAAAUGGAUACGGAGGUAUUGCCAAUAUCAUCUGUACUCAGCCUAGAAGGAUAUCUGCACUUGGCCUUGCGGAUCGUGUCAGCGACGAGCGAUGUUCUUCUGUCGGUGAUGAGGUCGGAUACAUCAUCCGUGGAGAUUCGAAAAUCAAGCGUGGCUCGACAAAAAUAACCUUUGUUACAACCGGUGUGCUGCUUCGUCGCAUGCAAACAGGCGGUGGCCCAGAUGGAGAUGUUGCCAGUUCUUUAGCCGAUGUCACUCAUGUCGUUGUGGACGAAGUCCACGAGCGCAGUCUCGAUACUGACUUCCUUCUCGCUCUUUUGAGGGAGGCUUUGAAGCAUCGUAAAGACCUGAAGGUCAUCCUGAUGAGUGCUACCUUGGAUGCAGAGGUCUUUGCUCGCUACUUUGGUGGCCAUGAUCGUGUGGGUCAAGUCACUAUUCCGGGAAGAACAUUCCCAGUCGAAGACUACUAUCUUGAUGAUGUGCUCCGUCAAACAGGCUUCGCUCCAGAGUACUCUCAGAAGACCAGAGAGGAUGCCGACUUUGAUGACGCCCCUCCUGAGGAGUCGAUGGGCAAGAUUCUUCGUGGACUAGGGAUGGGUAUCAAUUACGACCUGAUCGCUGCUACUGUCCGUCAGAUCGACUCAGAACUCGGCGAUCAACCUGGAGGAAUCUUGAUUUUCUUGCCUGGAACAUUGGAGAUUGACCGGUGUCUUGCUGCAGUGAAGAGGAUUCCAAACAUACAUGCACUUCCGUUGCAUGCAUCCCUACUCCCGAAUGAGCAGAAGCGCGUAUUCCUAGCUCCUCCUAAAGGCAAGAGGAAAGUUAUUGCCGCCACAAAUGUAGCCGAAACUUCUAUUACCAUUGAAGAUAUCGUUGCAGUCAUUGACAGCGGGCGAGUGAAAGAGACGAGCUAUGAUCCGAAAGACAACAUGGUCAGGUUGCAGGAAGUCUGGGCAUCGCAGGCUGCCUGUAAACAGAGGCGCGGUCGUGCUGGUCGAGUAAGAGCUGGAAAAUGCUACAAGCUCUAUACCAGGAACGCGGAGUCGCAAAUGGCUCCCAGGCCCGAUCCUGAGAUUCGACGAGUGCCGCUAGAACAGCUUGCUUUGUCAGUCAAGGCCAUGAGAGGUGUUGACGAUGUGUCGAAAUUCCUUGCCAAUACAAUCACACCCCCGGAAAGUGUGGCCGUGGAAGGGGCUCUGGAUCUGUUGCAUCGUAUUGGAGCUCUUGACAAUCAGAGGUUGACUGCCUUGGGUCGCUAUUUGUCCAUGAUUCCUGCUGAUCUGCGAUGCGCGAAACUCAUGGUAUAUGGAUCUGUAUUCGGCUGUAUGGAUGCCUGCAUCACGAUCGCCUCGAUUCUAACCGUGAAGAGCCCUUUCGUCUCCCCUCGUGAAAAUCGCGAUGAGGCAAAUGCUGCGAGAGCCAGCUUCUCGAGGGGAGACGGUGACCUUCUCACCGAUCUUGCAGCGUAUGAAGAGUGGUCUGAACGGGUAAGGGCUGAAGGGUACUGGCAGACCCAAUCGUGGUGCGCUGCCAACUUCCUUUCCCAUCAGACUCUUCGCGAUAUCUCAUCCAACCGCUCGCAGUUCCUGAGUUCGCUGAAAGACGUGGGCAUUCUACCUGUAGACUAUAAAGAAUCCGAGAAUUCAUCAUCUCCUUCAGUCUCUCGCUGGAAUCGGAAUGGCCGCAACACAAAAAUUCUGCGGGCGCUCAUUGCGGGAGCUUUCAAUCCGCAAAUCGCCCAGAUCAGUUUUCCGGACAAAAAGUUCGCUGCAUCAGUAAGCGGUACAGUCGAACUUGAUCCAGAGGCACGAACAAUAAAAUACUUCAAUCAAGAGAACGGGCGUGUCUUUAUUCAUCCCAGCUCAGUCCUCUUCUCUGCUCAGAACUACUCAGGCGCCGCUGCGUAUCUCAGUUAUUUCGCGAAGAUGGCAACGAGCAAGGUCUUCAUUCGCGACUUAACCCCCUUCAACGCCUACUCCCUUCUUCUCUUUUCUGGUCCUAUAACACUAGAUACCACGGGCCGCGGUUUGAUUGUCGAUGGCUGGUUGCGUCUCCGCGGGUGGGCACGAAUAGGAGUUCUCGUCUCAAGGCUGCGCAUGAUGUUGGAUGAUAUCCUGGCAACAAGGAUUGACAACCCUGCGCUGGGUCCAGCAGUUGAUGAGGUUCAGGACCAUGGGGAGGUUGUCAUAAACAUCGUCAAGAAACUCGUCGAAUUCAACGGCCUCGAUCAGUAACUGAAGUCAGAAGCUGUUCGUGAAUCACCUAUCAUGCUUCUUAAUCGUCACAGUUAUCUAGUUUGUCUCCUUCUACAAUACCCAUGCGGCGAUGUUAGAACAGAUAGAAAGGGAAAGAACAUUGCAUAUGUAGAUAUCUCUCUCACGGCACUGGAUAUAUAGAGCAAAUGGCAAAUAAGCAUGGUGCGUAUACGCAGCGAUUUACCUAAUGGACAUUCUGAAGGAUCCUAUAGCACGGGA